GCCAUAUGCAUCAAGCUGUCAAAAUGGAGGAAAACGUCGAAGAUGACGAGCUUUUCGAAGUUGAAUGCUUCCUCAAUACCARAAAAAUGUCUGAUGGCAUUAGGUAUUACAAGGUUCGAUGGAAAGGCUACCCACCGGAGGAAGACAGCUGGGAACCAGAGGGAAAUGUCAAAGAAUGCACCGAAGCUCUUGAUGCAUUCUGGUCCAAACGUCAAAAAAAGAAAAAGAAACGCCAAAAUAAGACUAUGAAUGUCAACCAAAAAGAGCCAAAGCCUUCAUCAAGAAAUUCAUCAAUAUCAGUUGUUUUACCUGAAAAACCACUUGGACUUACUAGACAGGCCACAAAAGAAAUACUCAAAGCGCGYCAUCAAUACAAACAGUCUGAACUGCCAUCGUCUUCCCAGAUGAAUGUCAUGACCUCCUCAGAAGACAUGAGCAGUGGAGCCGAUAGUUGUGACAUCAUCACUGUUAACUCACCACCAGACUCUGAGAGGAACACAGAUGUUGAGACAAUUGARAUCAUGUCUCAAGGAUCAGCUUCAGAUAUAGAUCAAGGACAACAAAUGCCUGGUGAAAAUGUUCCAGUAAUUUCAUUAUUAAGUGACUCAGAAAGUGACCAUGCAAAAGAAGGGUGUGAAACGCCAGACAUUCAGUCUYCAGAAUUUUCAAAGAAAGCAUUUAAUUUAARUUCUUUGGGCAAUAUCAAAGACAAUGAAAUUCUUGAAAGUAAUGAAUGUGGGCAUAUUACAGAAGGUACUGGUUUUCAAGAAARUCUAACACCAGAAAUCACCAAAAACAAGUUUGUAGGGUAUACUAAAGAAGGUUUUGAAAUCCCAGAGCUCCCGCCUAUUUCUGAGAAUGCUUAUGAAUAUUCGAAAGAAGGCUUUGAAAUUCCUAAGGAAUAUUUCAUUGCAAGUACAUGUAGCUUUAGUAGUUCAACACAAAGACCCGAGUGUCUUGGAAAUUUGCAAACGGCAAUUACUGCAGAAGAAGGACUCAAAAUUCACCCAAAAUGCGAUGAAARCUUGCAGACAGAACAUGAAUCUGGUGAAAUUACCAAGAGUGCGUGCUUUGAGAAUGAUGGUGUUGAAAUUCCACAAUUAAAGAUUCCGUGUACAUCCUCAACUCCAGAAAUUCCCCAAGAAACUGAUGAUAUUAGUAUCGACGAUACCAACGAACCUGGUAUACAAUCUCCAACGUUUGAACGYCAGACAUUCACCCCAAACGGUUCAAAGUUGUUAKCAGAAGACGAAACCACUCCCCAAAGCAAACCACUGAAGCACACUGAGACGCCAAAAKGUGAGAAUGUUGAAGAAUCGUCAGUGGAUCCAAGCUCAUGUGAGAGUACWCCAAGGUCAAAGAAACGAUUUAAUCUUUCUUUGCAGAAGAAAAAUAGAAAGAAAAGAUAUGAGUAUCUCGAGGCUAAAUCGAUAUCACCAGAUAUACAGGAGAGCGAAGUAGAUAGUGACAAAGAUCAGACCAAACUCCAGUUUAAACUUGAAGAUCUUAGAGAACAAAUGGCUGAGCUAGAAAAAACGGACGACUCUCAGACCGAGAAGUCGAUGUCAGUUGUUGAUAUGACUGGAGAACCACAGAGCAUAAGGACUGGUAAAGAUUCGGCAAAACUUGAAGAGCUUAAAGGUAUUAUGUUAAAAUUGGCAAAUGAACAAGAAAAAGAAGCAGCAGUUACUUCAGAUGAUCGAAGUGGGUCAUCAUCUYCAAUUUCAGCCACGCAAUKUCUUAAUCCCGAACCUCCUACUCUGYCUUCCAGCGYAGACAUUACACAAUCGYCUCCAUCUUCMGAAUCAUUAAUGGAUUCUGGAGGUGAGGAAGUCGUCACUCAAUCCUUUCAAUCCCCWGAAAGCACAGUAYUUUUGACUGAAAGUGUCGAGAGUUCUCAAGUGGACACAACUAUUACAAAAGAUACAAUGAUAUCGGAAGUUAUUGUCUCGGGCACCGAAAAGCCGUCAUCAGAAAACUCUGGGGUUGAUGAACAGGAAAAUUUGGGCACAAUCAUUGAGCAAAAUWRCGAGAUUAUGGAUAUGGAAGUUAACGAAAAGUUUUUAUCUGAAGGUACUACUGAGUCAUCUGAACAAAUUGCUGAAGGACUUUCUCAAACGAAUACAGUUAUUCACCAAAAUAUCGAAAGUACAGUUACUAUGGAUGUGGAUGUGGAUGAUCAGGUUGAAAAUUCUCAAAAGGGCUUUGAUCCGGGAAAAGGCUUUCAAGUGAACACACUCGUUGAGCAAAAUAAUGAGACUAUUGAAGUGGAAGUUGUCGUUUCAGAGACCGAAGAGCCAACAUCUACACCUGAAACUUCUAAGGAAAGUGUUCAGCCAAAAGAAAUCUCUCAAUUGGUUGCAGUUGAGCCGAAAGAAAUCUCUCAAUUAGUUGCAGUUGAGCCGAAAGAAAUCUCUCAAUUGGAUACAGUUGUUCAGCGAGAUAUUAAGAAUGUGGAUUUAGAAGGCUCAGAGGCCGAAGUUCUAUUAUCUGCAAAUACACUUGAAGCUUGUCAAGAGGUUGGCGAGGACGAUUUGAAGGAGAAAACUGAAGAAAAUAUCAUGCAGAUCGAUGAAUCAAAUGAAACAAUUAUAAAUGAAAAUUUCACGCCUUUCCAGCAGUUAGACACUUCCUUAAGUAAACCAAGAUGUGACGAACAAACAGAUGAUAUUCUUAGUCAASCAAACACUAACGAGACAACCAAACUACAGGAAAAAAUCAAUGUGAUUCCCAUGGACUCRAUAGUCGUCAAACAGGACGCUCUCAAAGAURUYCAAGCUGAGUUAUUACYUCCAGAACCUGGAUUAGAUGCUGACAUUACUGAUGUGAAUAAGACAGAUGAUCACAAAAUAAARAGUGGCGCCUUUGAAGCUGUUGACAGAUCAGAACAGGUGAGCAAAGCYAGUCUCUCACAUGGAAAAAUACGAGCUUUACAAAAACUGAAGAGYUUUGCUGCAAAACUUAAACCGCCUUCCUUCUUAAGCCGUUCAAACUCGGUCGCCUCAAACCUAUCUGUAUCCAGUGAUGAUGGCAAGUCGGAUUUGGGAACAACAGUAAAUAUAAAAGAUUGCGAGAAAAUGGACGACAUAAAUGACCAAAACAUUGCGGUUGAAAGUUCUGGUGCUCAAACAGACGAUGAUACAGAUGAGGUGAAAACGUAUAGAGAAGGAAAUGAMAAUUUUAUUAGAAUGGAAGCUAAUUUUGAGAAUGACACAAACGGAAGUUUUGUUUUUGUACCAAAUACGAAUUUUUCAAAUGAUAKUAGUCCAGGAAGUGAACACAAGCAAAAAGAGACAAAUGAAGUCRRUCCUUUAGAAAAUGGUGGCAACGCGGCAGAUAGUUCAAAUAAUGAAGACAUUUGUGACUCAAUAAUCAUUUUGUUGCCAYCAGAAAGUGAAACGACAGGCGAAGAAUUUGGGAAAAUGGAAAUCGAGGGAAUGCAACUUGAAGAAAGUGGCAAAGUUGGUUCUGAUAGUGUUUCUGAUAAUCCAACCCAGGAGACUAAGGACUUAGAAAGUCAUUUAGAGAAAGUAACUUUCAAUAAAGCAAUUGAAAGUACUACCUUAGAGACAACUACAGUCUCGAAUAACUUMCAURUACCUGAAAUGYCCCAAUCGSCAAACAAUGAAUCUCGGCAAAAUACUUCGCAAAUAACCAGUGACGGUUUGGGUACAAAURCAGAGAAAAAGACAACUAAAAAGAAGAAAAAGAUAAUGAAAAAGUCUAUGCCAAGAAAGGACAAAGAUAACGAYGUUAACGAUGUGGYUAAAGAGARAAAUGAGCAUUCAGAUAUUWAUGCAACAGAAAUCAUUCUCAACGACGAAGGCACUUUAGAUUCUUUGGAUAUCUCAGAGGUCCYUUKUCCACAAGAUUCCUCAAUCAAUGAGCURAAUAAUAACAGCGAAUUAAAAAAGAACAAGYUMAAUCAGAAUAAGAAACGAAUAAAACCAUCCUCUUCUGUCGCACCCGAAAAAAAGAAAAGAAAGAGCUUAAUUGACAACAAUAAACAAAAGAAGAUAAAAGCAUCUCAGAAACGAACCACUUUCAACAAGCAGCUACCGGAAAUGAAAAAAUCUGCUCAGGAAAAUUCAAACGACAAGAGUACAAAUUCUUUUAUAAGCGCUGACAUCGACGCCCCUCCUGACUUGGACAAUGGUGAUUUGAUUGGUAAAAUUCUCGACGAGGGAGAUAUGGUAGAUAGUGAUACCAGAUUCACCAAGUCCUCCAAAGAUAAGAAAGUAACGGACGCUGUUAAAGAUGGAGGGACAGCUGAUGAAGAAGAUGAAUUAGAUUUCGAUCUUGACGAGUUUCCAAUCGAAAAUCUCUUAGAUGACGAAAUUAGCGAACUGAAGGAUAUACCAUCUCCUCCUGUGACUCCAAUAGAAGUAACAUAUGGUGAUCUAAAACAGUUCAUACGAGAUGGUGACGAAAUGAACGUCCGAGCAGCUCUCAAGGGUGGUACAGAACUCAACGUAUUGGACGGCGCAUCAGGGAUGACGUUAUUGAUGCUGGCAUCAGCCGCUUGUCAAGACAACAUCGUAGAGCUGUUGCUAAGGAGACAAGCUGACGUCAACGCCGUACAGAAAAAUGGCAUGACRGCGCUGAUGCACGCUUGCGAACAGGGCUGCCCAGAGACGGCGCAUCUUCUAUUGAUGUGUGGCGCUGACAUCAACAAACAGCAGAUUGCGGGCGAAACAGCAUUGAUGAAGGCAUGUAAAAAAGGCUAUAAUGACGUAGUCGAAGUGCUYCUGAAGCAUGGUGCUUCAACGAAAGUAAAAACAAAGGCAGGACAAACAGCUUCUCAAUUAGCUUUACCUAGUCCAUGCGAAGAGAUUCAAGUACUACUACAAGAACACGAGAAAAGACUGUCUAAAGCAGUAGAGGAAGCCAUUACGACGUGUCUGGGUGACUCUGUAAUGAUUUGUAAACCACCUAUACUCGCUUAUCAAUGUGUAGCACCACGUGAAAGUAACCAGUUUACCUUUCCCUUCCAAUAUACAUCGACACAACUAUCUAGUGUCAAGAAAGAUAUUAUGUUAUUUUGUAUCAAAGCUAAUUUCACUGACGAUGCUGUGUCAUUACUCUUUGGUGAAGAUAAUGGAGUCAGGGGUGUAUUACUGAAUGCUAAAUCACAGAUACCUCUUCUCCGAGGAAUAAGAUCUAUUUUCUCCAUYGAACCAAAGAAAGGCAAUAACACAGUCACUAUUCAAACGCACAAGUCUUCCUCAACCUCUAAAGUUAUAAUUUGUAUUUAUGCAAUUCAGGCUAGUUAGCAGUUUAGUCAAUUAAAUAGCAUUAUAUUAUAGCAAAUUAAAGUAAAAAUCUUGAUCAUUUACGCUAAAUAGGAUAAUAAUAUGAUAAUUGAUCUCGCGCGUGCUGGCUCAAGAGCAUGCCUUAUUUCACCGUUUAACGCGCGCUCUCAAAGCGAAGGUAUUUUUCUAUAUGAUACAAGAAAUAAGGGAUAGGCUGCCUGCAAUAGUUAUCCACGUGAAAUAGUUAAUGUUCUUAAAAAAUGUAAUAAUUAUAACUUAAUAAAAUGGUGAAUUUGUGCAA